AUGGCGAGAGAUUACCUGAAAUGGAGGGUUCUGACCCAUAUGUCCCAAGACCAGGAUAAGGAGCUUAUCUUCAAAUAUUUUGCCAUUCUAAAUGGCUUCCUGGAGGCUGAUGAGGAGGAGAGUGGAGCUGUGUCGGCUAAAAAACAAAAUGCAGAAGAAGGUGGCAAUGGGACUGGUGAAGGACUUGCAGAUUCUCCUACGGAAAAUGUGGGCGGUCGUGGCCGUGGGCGCUCUUGCAGGGGUCGACCUGGAACGGGAAGCUGUGGUCGGGGUCAUGGGCGUGGGAGAGGCAGAGGCCGUACUCUGCUUCAUAGAAAUGAUGGUCGAGCUGGAACCUCUCGGGUUAGCUAA